CAGGCUCAGCUGGGGCAUGUUCUGCCCGGGGUGUGAGUCAGCACACAAGUAGUUAAGUCGGCAGCCGGGCUCCCCGGGCUAGCGCAGUGGCCUCCGGGACUUAGCAUGCAGCACCGCUCAGCAGAGCUGGGUCCUGGCGCUCCCCAGGAGGACUGACAUGCUGCCUGGAACAAACAACAGCAGGUCUAGGAGAGAUGGCCAAACGCACCUUCUCCACGUUAGAGACAUUCCUGAUCUUCAUCCUAGUAUUGAUGACCGCUGUCACGGUAGCCCUUCUCAGCCUCCUGUUUAUCACCAGUGGGACCAUUGAAAAUCACAAAGGCAAGUUUUUUCCGUCCACCCAGAGCUCCCCGGCCACCCAGAGCUCCACAGCCAGUCAAGGCUCGACAAUCACCAGUGGCUCUACAACCACCCAGGCACCUCCUGUGAUUAGCACCCCAGAGCCUCCUCUCUUUCAGAACUUUAGUGGCUACCAUAUUGGUGUUGGGCGAGCUGACUGCACAGGACAAGUAGCAGAUAUCAACUUGAUGGGCUACAGUAAGACUGGCCAGAAUGCACGGGGCAUUCUGACGAGGCUGUACAGCCGUGCUUUCAUCAUGGCGGAGCCCGAUGGGUCAAAUCGAGUGGUGUUUGUCAGCAUUGACAUAGGCAUGGUAUCCCAACGACUCAGGCUUGAGGUCUUGAACAGACUGCAGAGUAAAUAUGGUUCCCUGUACAGAAGAGACAACGUCAUCCUGAGCGGCACUCACACUCACUCGGGACCAGCGGGAUUUUUCCAGUAUACCAUGUUUGUCAUCGCCAGUGAAGGGUUUAGCAAUCGAACUUUUGAAUACAUGGUCACUGGCAUCAUGAAGAGCAUCGAGAUGGCGCACAAAAACAUGAAACCAGGCAAAAUCUUUAUCAACAAAGGAAUUGUGGAAGGUGCCCAGAUCAACCGAAGCCCCACUUCUUAUCUUCAGAAUCCUGAGUCAGAGAGGGCCAGGUAUUCUUCAAAUACCGACAAAGAAAUGGUCGUCCUAAAAAUGGAAGAUUUGAAUGGAGCUGAACUGGGCCUUCUCAGCUGGUUUGCCAUCCACCCAGUCAGCAUGAACAACAGCAAUCAUCUCGUCAAUAGCGACAACAUGGGCUAUGCCUCUUACCUUUUUGAGCAAGAGAAGAACAAAGGCUAUCUACCUGGACAGGGACCAUAUGUAGCAGCCUUUGCUUCAUCAAACCUGGGAGAUGUGUCCCCCAAUAUUCUUGGCCCACACUGUGUCAACACAGGAGAGUCUUGUGAUAAUGCCAAUAGCUCUUGUCCUAUCGGUGGGUCUAGCAUGUGCAUUGCUAUGGGACCAGGAGAGGAUAUGCUCAACAGCACGCAGAUUAUAGGACGGAUCAUAUAUCAGAGAGCGAAGGAACUGUAUGCCUCUGCCUCCCAGGAGGUCACUGGACCACUGGCUGCAGCUCAUCAGUGGGUGAAUAUGACAGAUGUCACUGUCCAGCUCAACUCCACACACACGGCAAAAACGUGUAAACCAGCACUGGGCUACAGUUUUGCGGCUGGGACAAUCGACGGAUUUGGGAACUUCAAUUUUACUCAGGGGACAACAGUAGGGGAUCCAUUUUGGGACAGUCUUCGGGAUCAAAUCCUGGGCAAGCCAUCUGCAGAAAUCAAAGAGUGUCAUAAACCAAAGCCAAUCCUUCUUCAUACUGGAGAGUUGACAAAACCUCAUCCCUGGCACCCAGAUAUUGUUGAUGUUCAGAUUAUCACGAUUGGGUCCUUGGCCAUAACUGCCAUCCCUGGGGAGUUGACGACCAUGUCUGGACGAAGACUUCGAGACGCAGUUCAAACAGAAUUUGCAACCAAUGGGAUGCAGAAUAUGACCAUUGUUAUUUCGGGUCUGUGCAAUGUGUAUACACAUUACAUUACCACCUUUGAAGAAUACCAGGCUCAGCGGUACGAGGCGGCAUCUACAAUUUAUGGACCACACACUCUGUCUGCUUACAUCCAGCUCUUCAGAGGUCUUGCGAAGGCCAUUGCUACGGAUACAGUAGCCAACCUGAGCAGAGGUCCAGAGCCUCCAUUUUUCAAACAACUGAUGGCCCCAUUAAUUCCUAAUGUUGUGGAUAGAGCACCAACAGGCAAAACUUUUGGGGAUGUUCUGCAGCCCGCAAAACCUACAUACAGAGUGGGAGAAGUUGUUGAAGUUACAUUCGUAGGCGCUAACCCAAAGAAUUCAGCAGAAAACCAGACCCAUCAGACCUUCCUCACUGUCGAGAAAUACGAAGCUGCAUCAGCAACAUGGCAAAUAGUGCAUAAUGAUGCCUCCUGGGAGACUCGUUUCUAUUGGCACAAGGGACUGCUGGGUCACAGCAAUGCCACCAUCCAAUGGUAUAUUCCAGACACUGCCCAGCCUGGAAGCUACAGAAUAAGAUACUUUGGACACAAUCAGAAGCGGGACUUUCUCAAGCCGGUCGUCAUCCUUCCAUUUGAAAGCACUUCCUCUACCUUUGUAGUAGAAUGAAGAGUUGAAGUUCAUUGAAACUUCAUGAAGAGUUGAUAGUUCAUUGAAAGAGCGGCCACACUCUAUAAUUUAUAAAAAUGAUUUCACAUGAAUGUAAACUGUGAUGAUGACUUCAAUAAUUGUCCCUGUUGGGGGACAGAUAGUUUACUGUGAGUGGGACAGAGGGGUGUGUGUGUAUGUGGGUCCCAUUCGCCUUGCUCUAGGAGCUUCGCACCCCUGAUGGUCUAGACCCUAAUGCAUGACUUCCCUCAGGGCCUUGCGGCUAUUUGAAGGAACACAUCCCCUCAAUAUGAAGCCUCUGAAAAGUGAGUGAGUGAGAGUGCUUGGAGAUAUGUGAACAAUGGUACACCUAUUUAUGUAUAGAAUUAUUGAAUGUUAGUUCUGGGAAAGUUUAAAGAGAUCGCGGACUUUGAUUCUUUCUUUUGCAGAUGGGAACAAUGAAGUUUUGUGGAUUUGAGAUUAACAAAGGCUCCAGGACCUCCCCUCACCCCCUGCCCCCAUCACACUUAAAUAUAUAUUAUAUAAACACUGACCAUAAAUGUAUACGCCCAAUUAGAGAAAAUUAGUGUGGAGAUUAGCAUGCUGACUAUUCUAUCUUGAGCAUAGCCUCUCAAAGCCAUUACCCUGGAGUCGAUGUACCUGAUCCAGAGCUGUUAAUGCUGGUAAAUUAUUUCUGGCAUUGCCUUCUGAGGCCAAUCACAAGAAAGUCAGACCUGUAAUAUUUUGAUCAUGCCUUGUGUUCCCUAACUGCCCUUAUCCCCCCGAAUUGUGUCUCCUAUUCCCAAGACUGGUUCUAAGUGAUUUUGACUGUUUUUACUAAUCACAUUCACCCCCAAAACACAAGCUUUGCCAUUAGUCUAGAUAUUUAAAACAAAAGUGUUACUGGAUUGGAAGGGGGUCCUCGAAAGGCAAGCUCUAAAUUCAUUUAUCUGUUCUUUUAUCACUCACUCAUGGACUCGUUCAAUCACAGAAUAUUUAUUAAGACCUACAUACCCAGUAUUGUACUGGUGCCUGGCCUUGACAAUUAUUGUGAUCAUAUUUGGGAUGAAUGUGUAAGUGUCAAAAGGGGACUAUUUUGAAGGAGAAAAUUCAGUAUAUAAAUUCAGUAUAUAAAUUCUGGAAGACAUUUAAAAAGCAGUAAUCUCCGAGUCCUAUCUUAAAUAUAAUCGGGGUUGGGUGCUUUAAUUUUGGGGGAAAGAGGCUCCAGACCAUUUGGAAAAAGUUGUUUUUGUAGUUAUUUUUUGGGCAUUAUGAAAUACCCAGCCCGGUGUCUGGAAGAAUGAGAUAUGACAGUUUGACUUUGAUUGCUCAGAAGAUACCAAUUCCAUUUAAAAUUAUCCAAGUUAAUGAGGCGCUAGCUCCCAGGCUACCAAGUAAAUUUCCAAAAGCCAAGUCAUGCUUUUUUAUGUACAUAAAAGCUUUCACAUUUUAGGGGAAAAAAAUCACCCUUUAUUUCAUAAACAAACUUUAAGCCUUGAAAAUAGUAAUGAUACUAAGAACAAUAAUCCUAGCGCUCACUUAUGUAUGACUAAACACGCUAUAUCGCAUUGGAAUCAACCUGGGACACUCUUUGAAGGACCAGGGUUCUGGUUCUCUGGGAGUUCACUGCUGGAGAAUUAGCUCAUCGGGAUUCCAAAGAGUAGUGAUCAUUUUCCCUAAAGACGCACAAUGUUUAGUGUUAACAGUUCAGAGGCUUCCAGGAGCAGGGAAUUCUGAAAGUAGUUGACCUUAGGCAGAUAAAUGACAUUAGAAUGGAUGAUCAGAUUUUAAAAAGUAUUUCUCAUGAUUCAGAGGAGCUUUUGAAUUAUUUUUCACUACCUCCAUGCCUCCCACUGAGGCUCUCCAGUGGGUAUGUGAUUUCCUGUCGGUUACUUGCAACUCUGCCAAGCCAGACACUGCAUUGCCUUGGUGCUGAGCCUUCUGCACCUGCCCUCAGUCCACCAGUACUCCUGGCCCCAAAUGACCCACAGAAACCUGUUUGCUCACUCGCUGCCAUCUCUUCCAACCCACGCAGUUCCAUUUCUGUGGUUUGUAUGGGAAAAUAAGACCAGAUCCAUAGCUAUUCACUCCUGCAUUAGCAACACCACAAAGAGGCAGAACUGACCUGUGAAUAUACAAACCUACAUCCCAGCUGUGUUUGUAGUCUGCUGCUGGGAGUGGUUCAUUGGAGCCAAACUGUGUGGCGAAAGCUCCCGAAAUUGCUGGAGAACACGGGGAAAAAGGAGUGUGGUUGGUGGGAGAAGGCGUCUGCAGGAGAUCUUGUGUCUCGUGUCAAAGUGUCUGUGUUCUGUUUGUUGUCAUCUGUCCACUCUGGUUUGAAGGAUGUUGUGACUUUCUCAGAAAGUACCGAAUGAUCCCUCUAUAUUUUUCAAUGAGUAUUAUAUAAAAUUGUGAAUAUGCAAUAUCAUAUUUAAUAAUAAAUUAAUAGGU